AUGGAACGUGAACAGCUAGUAACAAUGUUUUCUGUGGAAAAGUCUUUCCAUGUAAUAAAUAAACCUAUUAAAUCUCAUUCAAAACGUCGAAUUAUUGCUAAUGGUCUUAAUAAAUUAAGCGACGAUGAAAAAAUGUCCGAUGAUAUAUUUGCAUUAACAAUGAAUAUAUUCGAUAGAUUUAUUUUAAAAUAUUCUCAAUUAAUCAAUGAUCAUCAUUGUCAAUUAAUUGCGUUAUCAUGUUAUAGUUUAGCUAAAAAACUUCGUACAAAUGUUUUAAUUAAUAAUGAAAAUGAACAAACAUCAUGGAUAUUCUUAAAUGAAAAUUACAGUGAUGAAGAAAUUUUCGAUACAGAACAACUUAUUGCUGAAACAUUAGAUUGGGAUUUAUCAACUGUUGUUCCACAUGAUUAUAUUCAAUUAAUAUUUCAAGCUGUUCUUCCAAAUGAAGUCGAUCAGGCUAAAAUACGUUUACAUGUUCAUAUACUUCUAUCACUUGGAAUAUGUGAAUUAAAUACAUUAACCAUAUUACCAAGUAUUUUAUGUUGUGCUUGCAUUAAAGCAGCACUAAAAGGUCUGUCUAUAGUAAACAUUCAUCAAAUCGAUGAAUUGCUAUUGAAACUAAUUCAUUGUAAGAAAUCUGAGCUUAUUCAAACACAACAUAUGAUCGAAAAAUUGUUUCAAUCAUGUUUACAAGAGAUAGCUCCAUCGCCUACACGUCGUUGUUUAGCACCGAUUGAUACAAGCAAUAAGACCAAUACAAGUCCACGCGUUAAAUGA